AGCUCCUUUGUAGCAACAAAGCUUGAUUUCGAUAUCUCCAAGAACACACACAAAUAUGUACUGUGAGAGUGGUUCAGAAUUUGAUCUCAGCCUCUUGGAAACUAUUCGUCAGUAUCUUCUGGAAGAUGAUUUCGAUACGUUUCCAAGUCCAGCACCGUUUGUUGAAAAUGUAGCGGAAAAUGAUGCGAUUAAUGUUGAUCAAUGGAUAAGCUUUGAUCAGUUGUUUGAAGCGGCGGAGGACACGGUUGCUGUUAAUAACGUUUCGUUUUCCAGUUCCGAAGUGACUUCUGAGGUAUUGGAGACUACUCCGACUGCGAGUGUGUCUGAAUCUCACGCGCCGCCGAAGAAGGUACAUUAUAAGGGAGUUAGGAGAAGGCCGUGGGGGACGUAUGCGGCGGAGAUAAGGGAUCCGAAGCGAAACGGUGCGAGGAUCUGGCUUGGUACUUACGAGACUCCCGAGGAUGCUGCUCUGGCUUAUGACACUGCGGCUUUUAAAAUGCGAGGUGCGAAAGCGAAGCUGAACUUUCCACACCUCAUCGGCUCCGAUCGGGUGGAGCCGGUCAGAGUAACCAAUAACAAGAGAAGAUCUCUGGAGCCGUCAUCCUCUUAUUCAUCAGCUCAGUUGCCGUCAUCUCCGUCGUCCACAGUGACGUCGGAUGACAGAACUCCAAAGUCGAAACGGAGGAGGAAUGAGAUUAAUUGUUCGAUUAAAGCUGAGUUUGAACCAGACAUGUAUCAGUUGAUGAAGCCAACUGGAUUUUGAUAAAUUGCUA